CCCCCCCACACACUAAAUGUAACGUUUAUCUACAUUAAUGUGAUUUGAAGUGGGAAUUUUCUGGCAAUUAAACAUUUGGAACCUGUCAAGUGCCUGUGCCGCUUAAUUAUUAUCCAUUUUAUGUUCUUCUCAAAUUAUUACACAUUUAUUUCCCAACCAAAUCUUUGGUUAUAAAUACCAACAUUAUUAUUAUUAUACAAUAAAAGGUAAAUCAAGAACAGAAAAACUGGUGAAGUAUCUGCUAUAUCAUUUGCUCUGUUUUCCAACCAUCAAUGGCGGCUCGCAGAAUCUCAUCUCUUCUCUCUGCCUCCCUUCCCUUCCUUUCUCACCGAGGAAAACAAUCUUAUCUGAGCAGAGGAAUAUACCACUACAGCAAAUCGGCAUCUCUAGAUAAUCCGAUAAAGCCACCUGUCACUGUGCAGUACGAUAAACUUCUAAUCAACGGGCAAUUUGUCGAAGCUGCAUCGGGUAAAACUUUCCCAACAUUGGAUCCAAGAAGUGGGGAAGUGAUCGCUCAUGUUUCCGAAGGCGAUUUAGAAGAUGUUAAUCGAGCAGUAGCUUCCGCACGCAAGGCAUUCGAUGAAGGGCCGUGGCCUAAAAUGACUGCUUACGAGAGAUCAAAGAUUAUGUUUCGGUUUGCUGAUUUGAUCGAAAAACACAACGACGAAAUUGCUGCACUCGAGACUUGGGAUAAUGGGAAGCCGUUUGAACAGUCUGCAAAAAUCGAAGUGCCUAUGUUAGCUCGAUUAUUUCGUUACUACGGUGGUUGGGCAGAUAAGAUUCACGGCCUAACUAUACGAGGGGAUGGCCCACAUCACGUUCAAACUUUGCACGAGCCAAUCGGAGUGGCCGGACAAAUUAUACCAUGGAAUUUUCCUCUCUUGAUGUUUGCUUGGAAAGUGGGGCCCGCUUUGGCGUGUGGCAACACCGUUGUUCUUAAAACUGCAGAGCAGACGCCUUUGUCUGCACUCUUUGUAUCGAAGCUAUUGCACGAGGCUGGACUACCUGAUGGUGUUCUGAAUGUUGUUUCUGGAUUCGGGCCGACAGCUGGCGCUGCUCUUUGCAGCCAUAUGGAUGUGGACAAGCUUGCUUUCACUGGUUCGACGGAAACUGGUAAACUAGUUCUUGAGUUGGCUGCGAAAAGCAAUCUAAAGACAGUUACUCUAGAACUCGGUGGAAAAUCGCCUUUUAUUGUUUGCGAGGAUGCUGACGUGGACAAAGCUGUUGAGCUGGCACACUUUGCUCUAUUCUUCAACCAGGGGCAAUGCUGCUGUGCUGGCUCAAGAACAUUUGUGCACGAGAAAGUCUACGAUGAGUUCGUUGAGAAAGCUAAGGAACGGGCCUUGAAACGGGCCGUGGGCGACCCGUUUAAGGCGGGCAUGGAACAAGGCCCUCAGAUCGAUGGAGAGCAAUUCAAGAAGAUCUUAAAGUACAUUAAAUCCGGUGUGGAAUCGGGAGCUACCCUUGAAGCUGGUGGUGAUCGAUUUGGGACGAAGGGUUAUUAUAUUCAGCCCACUGUUUUCUCUAAUGUCAAGGAUGAUAUGCUGAUUGCAAAGGAUGAAAUCUUCGGCCCAGUUCAAACCGUUUUGAAGUUUAAGGAACUCGGUGAAGUGAUUCGAAGAGCAAACAAUAGCCCGUUUGGACUAGCAGCGGGAGUAUUCACUCAGAAUCUCGACACCGCAAAUACAUUGACACGGGCUUUGAGGGCCGGGACUGUGUGGAUUAACUGCUUCGAUACUUUCGAUGCUGCGAUUCCUUUCGGUGGAUAUAAAAUGAGCGGAAUCGGAAGAGAAAAGGGUGAAUACAGUUUGAAGAAUUACUUGCAAGUCAAGGCUGUAGUUACUGCUCUCAAAGAUCCCGCAUGGCUGUGAAAUCUCGAAAUACUUUUCGAUUAAUAAAUUCUGCUGAAAUAGCAAAGAAUCGGAUGACGACGAAGACAAAAAAAAAGGAUCCUUACCUUGUUUCAUUAGCAGUGUAAUUUUUUCGUCCUUCUGAAUAAUUAUCGAUGCUAGAGUUUAUAAUCCUCUGUUUAUUUAGUCGAAAUCUUUUUCAGAGACUAUCGAAAUAAAAGACUUUCUUGACUUGA